UUCGAUGACAAAAUAUGUCUACAGAAACAAACAGCCACAAAAGUUGCACGUGAACCGUGUAUAGAAAGUCGAGGAGCAAUUGUGAAUUUAAUCCCUUUAAACCCCUCACUGUUUUCAGUUUGUAGUUGAAGCCAAAAUCCAGCAAUUAAAUAAGAAAAAUUAUCAACAAGAAGAAAAUCAUUUGAGAUAGAAGAGAGAGGAGAGAAGAGAGAAGAGAGCUUCCUCAAUGAAGAAACAAGGGUGUGAGAUUGAAGCAAUAGGCAUCAACUACAGCAUCCAAACACAAAACAAACAGCACCCAUUGAAGAUCUUCUGUAAAGAGAAUCCUCAAGCAGACCGCCAAGUCCUAAAGGCAGUGAACUGCCGAGCCAAACCAUGGGAGAUUCUCGCCAUUGUUGGUCCGAGUGGGGCUGGAAAGUCUUCCCUUCUGGAAAUCCUAGCAGGGAAACUCACACCACAAAGUGCUUCCAUUUUUGUGAACCAAAAGCCCAUCAACAAAGCUCACUUCAAGAAAACAUCAGGGUAUGUCACACAGAAGGAUACCCUUUUUCCUUUACUUACAGUUGAAGAAACCUUAAUGUUCAGCGCAAAGCUAAGGCUAAGGCUUCCACCGGCUGAGCUGAGCUCCAGGGUGAAGUCCUUGAUCCAGGAGCUUGGCUUGAGCCGUGUCGCCGGAGCUCGUGUCGGAGACGACAGGGUUCGCGGGAUAUCGGGCGGAGAAAAGCGCCGCGUUUCGAUCGGCGUCGACGUGGUACAUGAUCCCAAAGUGCUGAUUCUUGAUGAACCAACUUCAGGGCUGGACAGCACAUCAGCUCUUCAAAUCAUUGACAUGCUUAAGACCAUGGCGGAAACCCGCGGCAGAACCGUAAUUCUCAGCAUCCAUCAGCCUGGCUUCCGGAUUGUAAAGCUGUUCAACACAAUUUUGUUGUUGGCUAAUGGCUGCGUCUUGCACCAUGGCGCGGUGGAUCAGCUUGGGGUGAACUUAAGGCUGAUGGGUUUGGAGCUUCCUCUUCAUGUCAAUGUUGUUGAAUUCGCCAUCGAAUCCAUCGACACCAUUCAACAGCACAGAAAAUUUCAGCGUGUUGAUCACAAAGAAAUGCUGCUGCAGCUGCCAUCAACAACCAGCCUGCAAAAGAAAGAAGAUGGUAAGUUCACACUACAACAGCUCUUUCAACAAUCGAAGGUCGUGGAUGAAGAAACAAUCAAUGUUGGAAUGGAUUUAAAUUUCCCACUUGACUUUGCAAAUUCUAGACUCCGAGAAACCAUGAUUCUCACUCAUAGAUUCUCCAAGAACAUCUUCCGGACAAAGGAGCUAUUUGCUUGCCGGACGAUUCAAAUGCUGAUCUCAGGGCUUGUGCUUGGCUCGAUCUUUUACAAUCUGAAAGAUGAUUUGGUUGGAGCACAGGAAAGGGUAGGUCUGUUUGCAUUCAUUUUGACUUUUUUGCUAUCAUGCACCACAGAAGCUCUGCCAAUCUUUCUGCAAGAGAGGGAGAUUCUUAUGAAGGAAACAUCUUGUGGAAGCUACAGGGUCUCAUCCUAUGCAGUAGCCAAUGGACUUGUUUACUUGCCAUUUCUACUAAUCCUAGCCAUUUUAUUCACAGUGCCCUUAUACUGGCUCGUUGGACUCAAUCACAACUUCAUGGCCUUUCUGCAUUUCUUGUUGUUAAUUUGGUUAAUUCUGUAUACAGCAAAUUCAGUUGUGGUGUGUUUCAGUGCUCUGGUGCCUAAUUUCAUCGUCGGGAAUUCGGUGAUUGCCGGCGUCAUGGGAUCCUUUUUUCUCUUCUCUGGUUACUUCAUAUCAAAGCAGGGGAUUCCAAGUUACUGGAUUUUCAUGCAUUACAUAUCGUUGUUCAAGUAUCCGUUUGAAGGGUUUCUAAUAAAUGAGUUCUCUAACUCAGGAAAGUGCUUGGAGUACAUGUUUGGGACAUGUGAAGUGAGUGGAGAAGAUGUGCUUAGAGAAGAAGGCUAUGGGGAGGAUAGUAGGUGGAGAAAUGUUGUUGUUAUGGUGUGCUUCAUCUUGGUUUACAGGUUUAUUUCUUAUGUCAUUCUUAGAUGUAGAUGCUCACAGAGAGGGCUCAGAGAUGCCCUUAUCUGAAGAAUAUGGUGAAAAUCUCUCUCUCUCUCUCUCUCUCUCUCUCUCUCUCUCUUGUUUGUGGACAAGAUGAUGGUUCACAUGUCUUGGACUUUACUUAUGACAGCAUGGAAAGAUGAAAAAACAAUAAUAAAAUAAAAAAAAAAGGUGUAAUUUCUGCCACCAGAUUGUACUAAAAUGAUAAGUUGGUUUUCAUGUUCAAUAUUUCAAACA